CUUAGAUAUAGGGUCUGUUCGUUUUAGUUGCACUGCUGCACUAGUGCAAUAAGUUAGAAAAAGACAUUAGGUUUGUUUUUUAUUCCUGCACUGGCUGCACUAGUUCAAAAAGUGUACACUAAAGCGUUCGUUAUUCCAGAACUGGUGUAACCGAUACCGUUCGUUAUUCCAGUGCAGGAAAACUUAGUGCACGAGUUCACUGAACUGGCUGCACUAGGUCUGGAGGUAGUGCAAGCAGUGUAGAGCAACCAAGGAGGUGUUUUUUAUUCCUGCACUGAAUAUAGCCGGCAAUUUCAAAACUUAAAGGUUAAUUAUCGUAAAUACAAGACUUUAGAGAGAGAGAGAGAUACAAAACAAAAAAUUAGAUAUUUUGAUUAUUAUGAUGUAUACUAUUUCGACGGAGGAAGAAAAAAAGAUUUUUCACUUUUUAAAAUCGCAAGGCUGCUGUUUAAGAUGUUGUUUACGAUUUAUUGGAUAUCGUACAUCAGAAUGUUAUUGCAAGCCUUUUGAAUUUGCAGUACGAAUGAACUGUUUUGACACAAAAGAUUAUAUUUCUUCCAAAGAAACACCUUGUAUUGUAUGUUUAGGAGUGCUUCAAGAUAAGACACAAGAAGAAGUAAUUAAAAAGGUAAUAGAGGAAGUAAAUAAAAAAGGUUACGAUUGUACAACUUUUACUUGUGCAUUGACUGUUCCUGUAUCAGUGAAACUCAGAGAACAUAUAUUGUAUGCUCAUAUCUCUAAAGAAUUGGAUAUUCAUAAAUCUGUUGUAGAUGUUCUUAAAACAAGAUUACAAAAUAUCAAAGAUAUCUGGAAAUUAUUUAUGAUUCCAAAACUUGAACAAGCUAUGAAAAAAUGUGCAGAUCUUUUAACAUCCCCUUUUCUCAUUGAAGUUUUCUUAACAUAUACCAAUGAUGAGGUGAUAUUUAAAGAAUUAAUGAAUAAACAUAAAGAAGGCAAUAAUAAACAGAACAAAAGAAAAUACAAUGAUAAUACAUUUAGUAGGAAAAAUAUUGAAACUUUACUCCUUGAAACAACAGAUGAACAACUUUUGCAACAUUUUACAAUCCCUCAACUUGUAAUAAAAAUGUUUGUUUCUGUAGAAAAUAUUUUGUGUUCUCAUAACAGUAUUUUUAUAGGAGGAUGUUACAACAAAUUCUCAAGAAAGCUUAGUCAAACUCCAUGGUUUAUAAAUGGUGAGAAAAAAGUGGAUACCUCAGUACAAGACUUGCUGUGCAAUCUUAUUGCUGAAACUGUGAAGGCAGAAUCAAUAAAAUUUUUAUCAUCAGGAAGAGAAGAUGUCGAUGUACGAAACAUAUAUAGUGGUCGACCAUUUGCGGUUGAGUUGCUAAAUCCUCGUAUGACAAAUAUUACAAAUGAACUCUUGAGACAUUUAGUUGUCAAUAUCAAUCAGUCAACUAAACAAGUUCAAAUAACAUCAGGCUUAAAAGUUCUCUCAAAACUUGAUUUGAAAAAACUUAAAGAAGGUGAAAAUGUCAAAACGAAGUUUUAUCGAGCGCUCUGCGUUUGUAAAAGCGCGAACAGUUUAUCACAAUUGGAAACUUUAAAUGAAUUGAAAAAUAUCAAAAUCAUUCAGAAAACACCAAUAAGAGUGUUGCAUAGACGACCUUUAAGUCCACGAACGCGCACUAUUUACGAAAUGCGCGUACGCUGGGCAAAACCGCACGAACUGAAGAAAUUAUUACAAGUCUCCGCCGAAAGUACCGAUAAGUUUUUCAUUCUUGAUGUCAAAACUCAAGCAGGUACAUACGUGAAAGAAUUCGUACAUGGUGAUUUUGGUAGGACUAAACCAAGUUUAUGUGAUUUUCUCAAUACUGAAGUAGAUAUUGUAGCAUUAGAUGUCACGGGUAUUAAUUUGCAAUGGCCAUAACAAUGAAGUAAUUGAUAUUUCCAAUCUUACAUCUGAUUAAAAAAAUUCAAUCAAAUAUGAAAUGUGUAUUAUAAAAUUGAAUAAAUAAUAAUAAUAUAUAUUAUAUACGUGUGUGCAUGCGAUUAAAUGACGGCUAUAUUUACGCACAUGCACAUCUAGAUUUUAUAAUUGGUUUGCUGAUUUUGAACGUUGAAACAAAAAUUUUUUAAAUUAUGUU